GAGAGAGAGAGAGAGAGAGAGAGACCUCGGGUUACAGGCGCAGAGGGAGUGUAUCGCGCUCACACACGCUGGAACUUCACUGAAGGCAGAAGGCAGAAAAGAGGAAAAGAAGCUAAAAUAUCCAGAGAGAGAUAAAAUGAGCAGUCAGUUCGAGGACGAUGCGCGCGACAGAAACGAGUGUAAAAGCAAAUCUCCGACUGUCCUCUCCUCCUACUGUAUCGAGAGCAUUCUGGGCCGGAGGAGCCCCUGCAAAGUCCGACUGGUGGGCUCGCAAAGUUUAACAGCGCGGCUGGAGCAUGAGCAGCCUUCUGAAGUUUCCAGCAAAGAGCUCUCCUUUGACUCGGACCUGCACCUUCCGCCCAAACUGCGGCGGCUCUACGGCCCCGGAGGAAAAUACCUGGACACCAGCAGGGUGUUUCAGGAGCCCGGGGAGAAAGGGGAGCUCGGCUGCGAGGGGAUGAAGAUCAGCCAGGCGCCGCAGGUCAGCAUCAGCCGGAGCAAGUCGUACCGGGAGAACGCGCCGUUCAGCGCGCUGGAAGAGGCGCGCGGCAGCCCGGAACUGGCCGAGCUCGGAGCGCUCAAGUUCGAGGAGGACGCGGUGAAAGAGGAAGAGGAGGAGGAAGAGGAGGAGGAGGCGUGCGGAGCCGAGCAUGGCCUGUCGCCCAAGGACGAGCCGAGCCCGCGCAACGACGCAGACGUGAAGGACGGAGAGGACAGCGUGUGUCUGUCUGCGGGCAGCGACUCGGAGGAAGGCAUGCUGAAGCGGAAGCAGAGGAGAUACAGGACCACCUUCACCAGCUACCAGCUGGAGGAGCUGGAGAGGGCUUUCCAGAAGACCCACUACCCAGACGUGUUCACCAGAGAGGAGCUCGCCAUGCGGCUGGACCUCACCGAGGCGCGUGUGCAGGUGUGGUUUCAGAACCGGAGAGCAAAAUGGAGGAAGAGAGAGAAGGCAGGAGUUCAGUCUCAUCCUCCAGGUCUGCCCUUCCCUGGUCCCCUAGCAGCAGCUCACCCUCUGAGUCACUAUCUGGAGGGAGCCCCGUUUCCUCCUCACCCACACCCGGCUCUGGAGUCGGCCUGGACCGCCGCUGCAGCCGCCGCUGCAUUUCCAGGACUGGCGCCACCACAUAAUAGCUCCGCCCUUCCUCCUGCCACGCCCCUCGGCUUGGGCACCUUCCUGGGCACCGCCAUGUUUCGCCAUCCGGCUUUCAUCGGACCGACUUUUGGCAGACUUUUCUCCAGCAUGGGUCCCCUGACCAGCGCUUCCACGGCCGCUGCUCUCCUGCGCCAGGCCACGCCGCCGGUUGAAAGUCCGGUGCAGCCGCCCGCGGGCCUGUCGGACCCGCCCACCGCAUCGGCCUCUUCCUCCACCUCCACGGCUGCCGACCGCCGGGCCUCGAGCAUCGCCGCGCUACGUCUUAAAGCAAAAGAACACUCGGCUCAGCUCACUCAGCUGAACAUCCUGCCCACCAGCGCUACAGGGAAAGAGGUCUGCUGAAGCGGUCACUCUGAAAAACAAAUCCCUUACUGAAAAGAAAAGAAAAAAAAAGAAUAAUAAAGCAUGACCAAAUCCACAGUGCAGCAGCACACAGGCGAGCUACAGAACCCGAGGCCUGGAGACCUGAUGCACAGUUACAGCGCCCAUCUUCUGCACAUCCUCCAUCAGCGACCUGAACCCCAGUCUGCAAUGUAGCUCCGCUGCCAAGCGACAGCCAAUGAAAAUGUACUUAGGAAAGCUACUCCAAUUUAGGCUGUUUUUUUUUUUUUUUUUUGGGGGGGGGAGGUCUGGAAUAUGGGGACAACAGUUACACACACACACAGCACUAACUUCUCCUCUGCAAGAAGCAUCAGCUCCAGUGUGGGACCAGAGGAGGGGGUCAAUAUGCCAAAGGGAACUGCUAGAACCCUCUAAAUCACACAUCACCAAAUUCAUCAACUGAGAAAUACAACAAACAAACAAACAAACAAACAAACAAACAAACCACCCACACCCCUGUCCUCUCCAUGAAGACUUCUCGUUCAUGCCUUGUGUUAAAUAUGAUCUUCAGGGGGAAUUAACAACCAGUUUCUUCAAAGUACAAUGAUGGAGUUCAGAUUGCUUGCUCAUUGAUCUGUUAAAGAGUAGCCUAUUUGUACACACACACACACACACACACACACACACACACACACACACAAGCACAGUCAAGAUGAUUAAUUGAAUAUGGGGGGGGGGGGGAACCUUAAGCUUAAAAAAGGUGUACACUUGAAAACAUUGAAAUUCAACUUGAUGUAGUAUUGUAUGAAAUGAAUGUUUCCUAGUAGAGCUCAACUUAUGUUCAUUUGACAGAACUUUAGGUUAGUUAGAUGAUUAUUUAUGUCUACCCUGUGGACUGUUCAAAUCCACAGCAGGACACACUGAUGUUCCACGAAAGACUCUUCUGGGUUUUGUUGUUGUGGAUUUUUUUUGUUUGUUUUUUUUUGCAAA